AUGGAUGCUAUCGCCAGUAGAUUUACUCCAAAAAGUGCAUUAGUGAGAGAAUUGCAAUACGAUAAUGAAGAGAACUUAGAACAAGAUUUCAUUUCCGGUAACUCUCAAUUUCAACGUAUGGCACCAAAUAUUAUGAUGCCACCUAUUUCAUCCCCUCAACAAUUUUUAAGAGCCCAUACAGAUGAUUCCCAGAAUCCAGAUUGUAAGAUUAAGAUUGCCCAUGGUACAACUACAUUAGCAUUUAGAUUUCAAGGAGGUAUUAUUGUUGCAGUAGAUUCUCGUGCUACUGCAGGUAAUUGGGUUGCAUCACAAACAGUGAAAAAAGUUAUCGAAAUUAAUCCCUUCUUAUUAGGUACAAUGGCUGGUGGUGCCGCCGAUUGUCAAUAUUGGGAAACGUGGCUAGGUACUCAAUGUAGAUUAAGUGAAUUAAAGGAGAAAGAAAGAAUAUCAGUUGCAGCUGCAUCCAAGAUCUUAAGUAAUUUGGUAUAUCAAUAUAAAGGUGCAGGUCUUUCGAUGGGUACAAUGAUUUGCGGGUAUACAAAGAAAGAAGGUCCUACCAUUUAUUACGUGGAUUCAGAUGGUACAAGACUGAAUGGUGAUCUAUUUUGUGUUGGGUCUGGUCAGACGUUUGCCUAUGGUGUCUUGGAUUCUAAUUAUAAAUGGGAUUUAACCGUUGAAGAAGCAUUAUACCUAGGGAAAAGAUCGAUUUUAGCAGCCGCUCACAGAGAUGCAUACUCUGGUGGUUCUAUCAACUUGUACCAUGUUACAGAGAAUGGUUGGGUUUACCAUGGUAAUCAUGACGUAGGGGCUACAUUCUGGGAGAUUAAAGAAAAAGAAGGUUCCUUCAAUAACGUUGUAGGAUAA